CCACGCCCACUAAAGGGCGGGGCCCAGAGCUCUGGCCAAUCAGCGAUAGCCCCCCAGGCCCCGCCCCGCCCCGCCCCCGGAGCCGCGGCCUCUUGGAGCGCCCAACCGCCCGGGCGCCCUGGCCUGGGGCUGCGCGAGCCGGAUCCCGCGGCUGGACGCCGAAGAUGCCUGGCGAGCAGCAGACGGAGGAGGAGGAAGAGGAGGGGAUGCAGGAGGAGAUGGUGCUGCUGGUGAAGGGUGAGGAAGAUGAGGGCGAGGAGAAGUACGAGGUAGUGAAACUCAAGAUCCCCGCGGACAACAAGGAGGUCCCGAGCGAGGCGCCCGCGCCCGUGGCCGACCCGGCGCGCCCCUUCGCGUGCUCGGACUGCGGCCGCGCCUUCGCGCGCCGCUCCACGCUGGCCAAGCACACGCGCACGCACACGGGCGAGCGGCCCUUCGCCUGCGCCGAGUGCGGCCGGCGCUUCUCGCAGAAGUCGGCGCUGACCAAGCACGGCCGCACGCACACGGGCGAGAGGCCCUACGAGUGCCCCGAGUGCGACAAGCGCUUCUCGGCCGCCUCGAACCUGCGGCAGCACCGGCGGCGCCACACGGGCGAGAAGCCGUACGCCUGCGUGCACUGCGGCCGCCGCUUCGCGCAGAGCUCCAACUACGCGCAGCACCUGCGCGUGCACACGGGCGAGAAGCCCUACUCGUGCCCGGACUGCGGACGCGCCUUCGGCGGCAGUUCGUGCCUGGCGCGCCACCGCCGCACGCACACGGGCGAGCGGCCGUACGCCUGCGCCGACUGCGGCACGCGCUUCGCGCAGAGCUCGGCGCUGGCCAAGCACCGGCGCGUGCACACCGGCGAGAAGCCGCACCGCUGCGCGGUGUGCGGCCGGCGCUUCGGCCACCGCUCCAACCUGGCGGAGCACGCGCGCACGCACACGGGCGAGCGGCCCUACCCCUGCGCCGAGUGCGGCCGCCGCUUCCGCCUCAGCUCGCACUUCAUCCGCCACCGGCGCGCGCACCUGCGGCGCCGCCUCUUCAUCUGCGCGGGCUGCGGCCGGGACUUCAAGCUGCCGCCGGGCGCCACCGACACCGAGCGCUGCCCCGAGUGCGAGGGCAGCUGAGCCGCGCCACCCGGCCCGGGUUAGGGCGACCGGCGGAUCUGGCCGCCCGGGGACGCCGACGGGGGACAGUCCCCACCCGGGAAACCACGAGCCCCCACUCCACCCCCAGGCCCCGUUGGUGAAUAAAGUGUUCUCUCCUCA